AUUGUAGCGUCACUCAUGGUCUGUGUGGAUGUUGCGAUGCAUCAGCUGUCUUACACCCAACAUGGUGAGGCUCGGGCACCCACAGCUCAGAUCUCGAUGUCUAUGGAGAGGCUUUGUCGUGGAACUUUCCAACCCAUUCGCUUAUCGAACGAAAAGUCCUUGGUUACUAUUGCUUUGCUUGUUUUCCAGGCGAAAUCCUCGUGCCUAGGGCCUUUCAUGAUGUAAUUCGGCGUCAUGUUUUGGAGCUUAGAGGCGUCAGUGAAGGAACACCACCAUGAUGUCAUGGAACCUCAAGUUUGUAUAUAUCAAAGAGCUCAAGAACCUUUUGAUAUCUGUAUCAAGCAUAUUCUGCAAUCUCAAUCAAUCGAAUCAAAAGUAGACGAAUUUAUCUUUCCAUCAACACUUCAAACAUCAUGUCUCCCAAGGCCCCCAGCCACGGUCAAAAGGUCGAUCUCGGUCAGAACGCUCCCGUUAAGCAGGAGGGUGCUGGUACAAUCCCCAAUGAAUCCCUUGCUGCCGAGUCCUUGAAGGAGGGCGGCGGGUUCACCUCCAACGAGAGUAUCCACGGCGAGAACCAGCCCACCUCCAGAUCCAGAUCCGAGAACGCCAGCGCUGGCCGCAACACCAACAUCUCUUCCGCUCCCAGCUCCGGAUCUGCCUCAAAGUCCAGCGACUCUGCUCCCAAGUCUCUGGCCGGCACUGCUCCCAGCUAUGUCGAAAACCAGUACAUCAAGGCUCCUGGUGGACCUCACGGCAAGAACCUGAAGGAGGGUAUUGACGAUUCGAACACCAAGGAUGGUCUCAAGAAGGCCUUGGGAUCUGAGCCUGGUAGCCAGGAUGAUCCUAGCAGACUUGCUGAGCAACAGUUCCAACAGAACCAGACUGCCGCUGGUCGGGAUGCUGGUCCUAAGCAGAGUGAGCUUGAGGGCAAGACUGCUUUCGAUGCUCUUAAUAACGAGACUUCCUCUUAAUUUGGGGAUGAUAAUAUCUGUACUAUAGCGACUGUUCAAUGAUGAAAUGACUUCAUGAAACAAUAAGGCUGGCCUGUUUCUGUGAUACAAUUU